AUGACACCUCCAAAUUUUGCUCUGUAUUUCACGAUUGUGGUGAAUUUGGCUCGUGUGACAACGUCCAAACACUCUUUACAUUUUCAAUCAGUUGAUGUUGGAGAGAAUGUGACUUUGCCGUGCUCGUGUGACGGUGAUGCCGGGUUGAUGUUUUACUGGUAUAAGCAAACUUUGGGACAGCAACCAAAGCUGGUGUCUACACUCUACGCAUAUAAUGAUGACGGCACCUUUAAUGAGGAAUUCAUGAAUGAACGUUUCUCACUGAAUAAUGAAAAGCAAACAAAUCAGCUACAAAUAUCAGAACUGCAAAUAUCAGACUCAGCUACUUACUACUGCGUCAAGAGCAAUUUAAUGGACUUUGAAUUUUGUAAUGGCAUUACUGUCAGUGUAAAGGGUUCUGGUUUGAACGUCCCAGUUUCGGUCCAUCAGUCAACAUCUGAGCCCAUCCAGCCAGGAGGCUCUGUGACUCUGAACUGCACAGUUCAAACUGGGAGCUGUGAUGGAAAACACAGUGUUUACUGGUUCAAAUACUCUGAGGAGUCUCAUCCAGGACUCAUUUACAGCCAUGGAGGCAGGAAUGAUCAGUGUGAGAGGAACAGCAACACACAAACACACACCUGUUUCUACAACCUGCCGAUGAAGAGCCUGAAUCUUUCUCAUGCUGAGACCUACUACUGUGCUGUUGCCUCAUGUGGACACAUACUGUUUGGAGACGGGACCAAGCUGGACAUUAAGGAUGAGGUGGACUAUUCAGUCUUGGUGUAUUUCUUGAGCGCAGCUUUGGCUUUGACCCUCAUCCUGGUUGUUUUACUGGCUCUCUUAGUGUACAAGAUGAGCAGAAAAACCUGCAAAUGUACAGAGUGUAGUGUAACGUUUUCAGCGACUUCUGCUCCGAAUAUGUCACUAUGUCAAGAUGCAGACAGCCUUCACUACGCUGCUCUGCGAGAUCACAAGAGCAACAGACCAAGAGGACAGAGGGACGACACCAUGCCUGAAUGUGUGUACUCCAGAGUAAAGCAGUAGAGCUGGACCUGCUUCUGUACUUUGUUUCUUUGUACAUUUGUUUAAAGGAUAAUUUCA